AAAAACAAGAAAACAAUAAACUUUUCUUCAAAUUAUUCUUCUUGUUUUCUAUUUCUAACAAUCUCUUCUAUUAAACCACAAUUUCUUGUGUUGUUCAAAUCAAAGUUCCUCCAUUUCAUACCUCCGAUCUCCUAAGGAGUAAGUGAAAAGAUGCUGAAUAUUACCAUAAAGGAGACUAGCAUUAUUCGCCCUGCUAGAGAAACACCAGGCAAGUGCUUAUGGAACUCUGGCUUUGACCUGAUAAUGAUGCCAAAGAAUCAUACGUCAGUUUUGUUCUUCUACAAACCGAACGGCUCCGUUGCUUUCUUCCAAGCUCAAGUGCUCAAGGAAGCUUUAAGCAAUGUUCUGGUGCCAUUUUACCCCAUGGCUGGAAGGCUGGGAAGGGAUGAGAGCGGAAGAAUUGAAAUAAUCUGCAAUGCCGAGGGAGCCUUAUUCAUAGAAGCUGAAGCUGAUGGCGUUCUCAAUGACUUGAGUGAUUUUGCACCAAGCUCACAACUUCAACAAUUAGUUCCAACAGUUGAUUACUCCAGAGAUAUCUCCUCUUAUCCGCUUCUUCUGAUACAGGUGACUACUUUCAAAUGUGGAGGUACCUCCCUUGGUGUUCUCAGUCAUCAUGGCUUGGCAGAUGGGUCAUCAGGAUUCCACUUCAUCAACAGCUGGUCUGAGAUGGCGCGAGGCCAUUCCCUUAGCAUUUCGCCUUUCAUUGACCGUACCAUCCUGCAGUCCUUGAUGUUACCAACUCCUGCAUUCGACCACACUGAAUUUGAUCCACCUUCUUCGAUGAACACCCCCAUCUCAAGUCUUAGAAGUGCAUGCUUAUUCAAGAUCACAAAAGAUCAGCUCAACAACCUACGAGCCGAGUCCAACAAGACUGGAGACACUGCAAGGUAUAGUAGUUACAGUAUCCUAGCUGCACAUGUAUGGCGUUGUGUGAGCAAAGCACGAGGCCUCUCAGACGAUCAACCAACAAAGUUAUUUAUUCCAAUCAAUGGAAGGCCAAGAUUCCGUCCUCCCCUGCCACAAGGCUACUUUGGCAAUGCUAUCAUCUUAGCUUCAACAAUUGCUCUAUCUGGUGAUCUGCUGUCAGAACCAUUCUCAAAUACAGUGGAAAGAAUACACAAAACGCUAAAGCAGUUCGAUGAUGCAUACUUCAAAUCAGCUCUUACCUACGUGGAGAAAGUGCCUUCAAAACAAACGAUCUUUCCACAAGAAAAUACCUUCCAGUGCCCAAACCUUUGUAUCAAUAGCUGGUGGAGGUUCCCCACAAAUUAUGCAGAUUUCGGAUGGGGUCGUCCUAUUUUCUUGGGACGGACAACAAUAGGUGAAGGGAAGUCAUAUAUAAUACCAAGUCCAACAGAUGACGGUAGCGUGACAUUGAUGAUAGGCUUAGAGACCUCUCACAUGAAGCUCUUUCAAAAGCUUAUUUGUAACUAAUGAUCCCUCAUGGCUUCCCAACUAUGAGGGUGUUAGAAAGUGGUUCCUAGUUUUUUGCCAUUAUCCUUAUUAUUUAGAAAGUUUAUGUUAUUUAUUUGUUUUCUUAGAAUUAGGGCAGUAUUAAGUUGUUGAUUAGUGUUCCUGUUAUUUAGGUUAGUUUUUUGUUUUCUUAGAAUUAAGGCACUUUAGGUUAUUGAUUAGUGUUCCUAUUAUAUAUUUAGGUUAGUAAAUUAAUGUUUACUUUAAUUAAAUUGUUGUAAAAUCUAUUUAUGACUUGUUUUCUUUUAGAUAAUUAAGUAGAAUCUUCAUCUUUUCAUGCUCAUUGCUGUGUCCUCAUCUUUAGUUACUGUUUAAAUGAAUUGAUUAAUUCCUC